AUUAUUAUUAUUAUUAUUAUUAAUUAGUUUGUUAUUAUAACCGUCUUCUCGAAGUGAUUGAUUUCUUUUUGAAAAUUUGCUGAAAACAAAAAAAAAAGAAGAAGAAGAAGAAUCGAGACAUUAUGUCGGGAUUUGACAGUAAUCCGUUCGCAGAUCCGGAGGCUGCUAAUCCGUUCGCGGAUCCCUCCGUCAGACAGGCAACCAGUGGCACCCAAGGCACUCUGGAUGAUUUCAACCCUUUCGCUGAUAAGAACAACACCCAGCCGGUUCCAGCUACCCGGCCAACCAUUCCUGCUCCUCAACCCUCACAGCCACCAGCAUCACAGCCGGCCAUUAUGACCCCAUCUGAAGAAGCCCCGCCAUACUCAGCUGUUGGGGCACAGAAAAUUGAUACUAGUGACCUUCAGCGUAGACAAGAGGAACUGGAAAGAAAAGCAGCAGAAUUGCAACGGAAAGAGCAAGAGAUGCGCAACAUGCAGUUCCAAGGCAAACAGAACAACUGGCCACCACUGCCGAAAUGGUUCCCUGUUGGACCUUGCUUCUACCAAGAUUUCAGCGUUGAUAUUCCUCUUGAAUUUCAGAAAACUGUAAAAUUUGCUUACUACCUAUGGAUGUUGUAUGUUUUUGUAUUAUUCUUAAAUUUCCUUGGAAGUCUUGCUAAUCUGGUUGCCAGAAGUGAUGGAGCCAAUACAUUCGGAUUUUCUAUACUCUGGUUCUUAUUAUUCACUCCAUGUUCAUUUGUUUGUUGGUACCGACCCCUCUAUAAAGCUUUCAGGAGUGACAGCUCAUUCAAUUUCUUCAUAUUUUUCUUUGUAUUCUUCUUUCAAUUUUGCACAUGUGUCAUCAUGUCUUUGGGAAUUCCAGGUUUCACAGUCGGCUGGUUCAUUUCCCUGUCGGUUUUUGGUAGUCAUCCUGGCUUGGGGGUGUUUCUAACCCUUGUCUCCUUAUGUCUCACUGUUUACACAGCAGCAAACAUCUUAAUGCUUAUUAAGGUACACCGAGUCUACCGUAGCACUGGAGCUAGCUUCCAGAAGGCCCAAGCGGAAUUUGCACAGGGUGUCAUGCGCAAUGAAACUGUUCAGACUGCUGCUGCUAAUGCCGCUGCUGGCGCUGCCCGAGGUGCAGCACAGCAGUACGGUUCCAAUAAUCGCUACUAAGCCCCCCCUCACUUUCUCAACAAAUGAAGGGAGAGAAAAAGAGAACAACUGAUUGUCCCCUCCCCUCAUCCCACCAUAGAAAAGAAAAGAAACAA